UGUGAGGCAAGCCCAGACCCCUGAGCCCCAGCCCAGGUUUUUUCCAUGACCCAGCUCUUCCCUGGCAGUUUCCUGAAAACAAGUCCUGAGAGGCACUGGCUGUCCUCCAUGUUGCCCUGCUGGCCGGCCCCUACAGCCAGUGUGAGGGGAUGGGAAACAGCUGCUUCAGGACUGGAAGUUCCCCGUCACUCUCCCUCCUUGGAGUGGGCUGGGGGAGGUGUCAGGGACCCAGGCUGGACAGAGUGGUGAGUGGGAGUGUUCCCCCAGCUGUGGAGCAGGGUGAAUCAGGUAGACCAAUGAGUGCUCAGUUGCUGGUGGGUAUUAGGCACACAGGUGGUCAUCCGGAGUGCAAGAGACCAGCAGGGGUGACUGGUUGUCAGGUGGUUAGCACAGAUGGGCAGUAGGUCAGGAAGAGUACAGAUCGGGUCUGGCAGGCACCUGCUGGUGGAGGGCUGGGCAGACAAGAGGUCCCCCCCUCAGAAGAUGAAAGCCCAGUCUGAGGGCAUUUCCCAUAGGCAAUUGACUUAACUGCUUUAUGCCUUCAUUUCCCCCAUCUGGAAAAAGGGGAAACAUCCUACCUUGCAGGAUUAUACUUGUGGGUGGGUGGGGGGUUACAUUUAGGCCAAGCACAGAGUAGGCACUCGAUACAAGCUGCUUCCCUUCCCUGAGGGUUUUUCACGUGAGCUCUUCAAAGCCCCAUCUUUCCUGCCCUAUGCUCUCUGAAUCAAAUUUCUGGACUCAAUAUUUGUCCUUGUUAACUAUCACAUUAUUAGAUGUGGCCCAAUCUCCCCAGUUUCUUAGAGCCUCCAUCACAUCACCUGAAGUGUCUCUAUCCCUUUAGCCCUAAGCAUAGCCACAGCUCUGGGUUUUUUGUUUGUUUGUUUGUUUUUGUAGUUUUGUUUUGUUUUCUUGUUUUUGGCCUCAACACAUGGCAUGGCUUGUGGGAUCUUAGUUCUCUGACCAGGGAUUGAACCCAGGCCCUCAGCGGUGAAAGCACCGAAUCCUAACCACUGGAUGACCAGGGAAUUCCCCAGCCACAGCUCUGACAACCUGGGUGCUUGUGGUUCCACUACAGUCUCUUACAAGCCAAGGGCAGAGCCCUGUGGCACUCCAGUAGAGACAUCCCAGGAAGACUGGUAUCCAUUGAUUUGCAUCUUUGGUGCAUCUGGCCCACAACUCUCCAUCAUUCCUAAAGGAUCUCACAAGUGACCCUGGUAUAAAUUCAGAUGUACAUGAGCCCUCGAAGGGCUUUGAACCCUCGCCUUCCUCUUCUGAAUGUUCGCACUCCACCCCUUUGAGCAUCAAUUUCUAUUUUUCCCCAGGGACUGAAGAAAACUCAGCAGGUCUGGAAUGCACCUCACCCUGCCCCUGCCCAGCUGCUCUUGUUCUCUUGAUCAUCAUCCUCUUUUUUUUUUUUUUUUUUGCCACUCCAUGUGGGAUGCAGGAUCCUAGUUCCCCAACCAGGGAUCGAACCCUUGCCCUUGCCGUGGAAGCACGGAUUCCUAACCACUGGACCACCAGGGAAUUCCCCUCUCUUCUCCUUUUGAUGCCCUUCCUGCCUCCUCCUGCCCAGCAGGCUGAGGCCUGGCAUAGUCCGGACUGACCCCAGAGGCACAGCCAGAGGGACAGGGCCCAGCCCCACUCUCACCCCCUCUGGGGGCUACUCCAGGAAACAUGGCCAAAUUUGCCCUGAAUCAGAACCUGCCUGACCUGGGCGGCCCUCGCCUGUGCCCCAGCGUGACUGGGGGAGCUCGCAGCCCGAGUUCGCCCUACUCGGUGGAGACGCCCUAUGGCUUCCACCUGGACCUGGACUUCCUCAAGUACGUGGAGGAGCUGGAGCGCGGCCCCGCCGCCCGCCGCGCCACGGGCCCCCCGCCCGCGCGCCGCCCCCGCGCGCCACGGGCUAGCCUCGCAGGCGCGCGCAGCCCAGGCGCCUGGACAUCCUGCGAGUCCCUGGCCAGUGACGAUGGCGGAGCACCGGGCGCUCUCUCCCCGGGCGCGCCGUCGGGGCUGAUGCCGCCGCCGCUAUCGCCGCGCGCACCCGUGCGCAAUCCGCGCGUCGAGCACACGCUCCUGGAGACCAGCCGGCGGUUGGAGCUAGCGCAGGCUCACGAGUGUGUGCCCAGCCCCGGCCGCGCAAUCCCGCGCAGCCCGCGCGGGUCCGGCCACAGCAGUCCCGCCCCCAACCCGGCCCUGGCCUCUCCCGGCCCCGCGCAACUGCAGCUGGUGCGCGAGCAGAUGGCCGCGGCGCUGCGGCGCCUGCGCGAGCUCGAGGAGCAGGCGCGCGCGCUGCCCGAGCUGCAGGAGCAGGUGCGCGCGCUGCGCGCCGAGAGGGCGCGGUUGCUUGCUGGGCGCCGGCAGCCCGAGCCCGACGUGGAGGCAGAGGCGCGCCCGGACAAGCUUGCUCAGCUGCGUCGGCUCACCGAGCGCUUGAUCACCUCUGAGCGCGGCGUUCGCGCCAGGGCCAGCCCCGGGGCUGACGGCCCCGACGGGUCGGCUUCUAGCCUCAGCGAGGGUGCACUGCAGGUCCUCGACGGGGCGCCCCAGACGCGGAAUACAGGCACCCAGACCGUGCCGGAGACUCAAGAGGCGGGAGCUCAGGCGGUGCCGGAGACCCAGGAGGCCGGCGUGGGGGCAGCUCCCGAGACCCUCGAGGAGGAAGCAUGGGUGUCGGAGGCUCUGCUGGGGCUGCCCGCUGCCGCCGAGCGCGAGCUGGAGCUGCUUCGCGCCAGCCUGGAGCAUGAGCGCGGGGUGAACGAGCUCCUGCGGGGUCGCCUGUGCGAGCUGGAGGAGGCCCGCGAGGCUGCCGAGGAGGCACGGGCAGCGGUGGCGGCCCGGCCCCAGCCGUGCGAGGCUGCCACCCAGACCCCGUGGGGUUGUGCCGAGAGGGCCACGCAGACUGAGCCCGCUGUGGAGGCCCCUGUCCCGACGCAGGAGAACCUGCCCGGACCCACGGAUGGGGACAGGGCAGUGGCACCCGCGGGCACCCUCAAAUCCAUUAUGAAGAGGAGAGACGGUACACCUGGCGCCCAGCCCAGCCCCGGAUCCAAGAGCCUGCAGUUUGUUGGGGUCCUCAACGGAGAGUACGAGAGCUCAUCCAGCGACAGCGACAGCGAGGACGGCGCUGCCGAGCUCCCGAGGAGCAAUUCGUCGGGCUCAGGAGACGACAGCGGCGGCGGAUCCGACUCCGGGACCCAUGGCCCUCCCAGCGGCGGGGAGCCCCGGGACCCCGAGCCGGAGGCAGAGCCAGAGCCUCAGCCGGGUGCUCAGGGGAGUAGGUGCGAGCUGAGCCCGCGUUUGAGGGAGGCGUGCGCAGCGCUGCAACGGCAGCUGAGCCGGCCCCGCGGAGUCGCCCGCGACAGUGGCGCGGCGCGCCUGGUGGCCCAAGAGUGGUUUCGAGUGUCGAGCCAGCGGCGCUCUCAAGCGGAGCCCGUGGCCGGGGUGCUGGGCGCGGUGGUGCGCCUGGGACGUGAGCUGCUGGAGCACGUGGUGAACCUGACGGAUGGCAACGGGAACACAGCCCUGCACUACAGCGUGUCCCAUGGGAACCUGGCCAUCGCGAGCUUGCUGCUGGAUACAGGGGUCUGCAAGAUUGACCACCAGAAUCGAGCUGGCUACUCCGCCCUCAUGCUGGCCGCACUCACCUCUGUGGGGCGAGAGGAGGACAUGGCCGUGGUCCAGAGACUCUUCCGCAUGGGCAGUGUUAACGCCAAGGCCAGCCAGACGGGACAGACAGCCCUCAUGCUAGCCAUCAGCCACGGCCGCCAGGACACAGUAGCGGCCCUACUGGCAUGUGGGGCAGAUGUGAACGUGCAGGAUGCAGAUGGGGCCACAGCGCUGAUGUGCGCCAGCGAGUAUGGGCGCCUGGACACUGUCCGGUUGCUCCUGGCCCAGCCCGGCUGCGACCCCGCCCUCCUGGACAACGAGGGCACCAGUGCCCUGGCCAUUGCCCUGGAGGCUGAGCAGGACGAGGUGGCCGCCCUGCUGCACGCCCACCUGAGCUCAGGCCAGCCCGGUUGCCUGCUGCCCUCUGACCGCCCCACGGCCAAGCCUAGUGAAGGAGGCUGCAGUGACGGUGGAGAGGACCCUCCACCUCAGUGACUGGCCUGACACACUGGACCUGGAUUGGGGGAGAGCUUUCCCUCGCCCACCUCGACCUUGCGGGCACAGCAAGGGUCAGGGUCCACAGGGAGGGGCUCAGCUUGAACUCUACAGGGUGAGGUGGGGCCUGAGGCACUCUGGUCCACUCAUUCCUCCAACCUUCUUCCUUAAUAAAA